AUGGCCCCGAACAUCGCACGCCGCGUGUACUCCGCCGAGCAGCUCCAUCGUUUCCGGAGUGCCAGCUCGCAGCCAAGGCUUCACGAAGCCAUCGAAGAGCACGAUGUCGAAGAUGCCGAGCUGAUCAAGGAACACGUCCUCCGUGGCUCCCGUUCUUUCGCAGCACGCUCGUGGAAGUCUCGCGCUUCUGUCCCUUCGCUACGCGUACCAUCGAACAACGAGAACCGCUCAACUAAUGUCUCCGACAACGGCCGUCCUGCCGCUCUGUACAUCCCUCGCGCCGUACCUAUUCUCGGCGAGAUAGUUGGCAACAACCAGAUUUUGCGACCACCGUUCUUGGGCUACAAGCCAGGUCCUUCACCAACGCCCUCACUCCGCAAGAAGAAGAUUGAGUCUCUCGUCAAAGCUCAUGGCUCGCCUGAUCACGUCCGCGUCACUGCCGGUGGUCGUAUCGUUCCUAGCGAGCAGUCACCUUUGUGCCACCCACGCUACGGCUACAGCGCCAUCAAGACCAAUGGCGGGCUGAUCAAGUUCGCUCCCAAUCUGUCAUCAGGCAAGGCCACUUGGACACAAGCUACACAGAAUGGCUUUGUGGCUCAAGAUGUCAAUGGUCGCCUCUGCCAGAUCGUCGACGGUACAAUCCUGCCCCUGCACGAAACCGAAGCUGGUCUGCAGCUGUACAUCCCUGCCCCGAACCUCAACAUUACGCAGCCUGUACCCGCCAUGGUCGCGCCACAUAUGCCAAGCAACCGUCUUGUCUCAGCUGGCACUGCUGUACACGCAGAAGGCCUGCAAGAACCUCCAGUCAUGUCGCAGAUCCAUGCGCUGGAGCUUGAGUAUAGCAAACUUGAGCAUGAGCUCAAGGAUGUCGACAAGACUGAAGUCCUGCAUGGCCGUGCAAUGGGCAAGGGUGCUCGAGAUGCACUUAUCGCCAAGCGUCGCGAGCUCAUUGUCAAUCUAGACAAGAUCCGCAAGGCGCUUAAGAGCUUGCGUGAGCAGCCCAUGUCGACAUCUCCACCACAAGCCUUUGGUGGGAAGUCAAUCUCGCCGCCGCGCAAUCGUCUGCCAGCCUUCCUCCAACAGCGCCAGAAUCAACCGACAGCCAUGCCUGGCUUGCAGAAUGGUUUGCCAAUCUAUGCACCAGGCUUCGGUGGUGCUCCUACGGCUCCAGGAUUCGGCGGCCCUUACAACUUCCACACGACCCCAUCGCCAGACUCAGGCUUCGGUGGGCAGUCCUGGCCCAUGCCGCCGCCAACAAUGUUCAUGCCACCUCCACCUUUUGAUGGCUCAAUGUCGUCCACCUCUUUGCCUUAUCCCGCCGUUCCACUUGACAUGGCACCAGCUGUCCUUCAGCAACCCAUCGCUAAUCAGUUGAUCACCGGCCAUCUGCCACAAAAUGAUGGAGCUCGCUCGUUCGCGGACUUGCAGAAGGUGUCGUCACCAAUGCACUCACGCGCACUGCCAAUCAAAGCACCACACAGUGCUGUCAAGUCCAGUCUCAACCCCAUGAGUCCAAUCUACAAGCCUGAUACUGGUAUGCUACCUGCGCAAGACACUCGAACCCUCGCGAAGCCUACCAUCAAGCCGGUUGACAGUCCCACCAAAACCAUGCAUAAGAUACACAGCUCAAGCGUUUCAAGUCUCGCCACUGCCGACUUCUUCCCAACCAACACGACUGAAUACUCGACGCGCAAGUACACGAACGAUACGACUGACCACACCGAGGACAAAGAGAAUGUCGAUCCUGUCACGCCAGCAAAGGCCACUUCUGGCCUCACUCAUGUCCAUUCCACUCCAGUCGCUCCACCAGCCACACCGAUCGAUGGUGUUCCGGACCGCUCCCAAAACGUCUCGCCAAAGACACGCAUCUUUACCGAGCUUCGCAGCCGCGCCUCCAGCAGCCAGUCAGACGAAUGGCUAGCCGGCUACCAAGCGGGACUGCAGCAAGUCGCAACGAUGACUGGUUUCCAAUUUCCCCAGCAACGUACAGGCUCCGAUCAACGUCUGGCCGCCGCCUCCGAAACCCCCCUUGACCAGCACAACGCCAACGAGAAGCUACCAAGGGCUCAACAUCCUCCCUCUCGCUGCCUCUCCGCCACUACCACAAGCAUUGGCUCACGACCCGGACGUAUCUUCUCCGGUCUCUUCGCUCAAGUCGACUCCUCCACCGCUACGGAAUCGGUCCACGCUCCUUCACCUUCUGGCAACAACAACCACGAGAAGUCUCCAGAGAAGUCCUCAAAGGCCUCACCUGCUAGACAGAAGUUCGAGAAGAUUGCGGAGAGUGUUGGCAUCAAGGUUGAUAAUCUGUCGCCUACGAAGAAACGUUGGAGGGAUGUUUGGAGAUCUUCGAAGAAUUAA